AUAAUGAUGCGGAAUACAGGAGAAGAAAGGCGUAUCGCUACGUGGUGGAUGGGUGGUGUCGCCUCAGCUGGUGCUUGUUGCUUCACGCAGUGCCUUGACACAGUGAAGGUACAGUACUCCUAUAGGUUGAAGAAGAGACCAUCUAGCUAUAAUGGAGGAAGAAAGAUAUAAGAAACAGGAAAAGGCAAAUAACAUACAGUCAGUUAACCAUGUAGGAUCUGACGAUUUCACCAUAUUUCAGAUAGAGAAGUUUGCUAAAUGGAGAAGUACAUAUCACAAAUAAUAUAACAACAAGAAGUUCAUAAAGUUUAUUUGUUGGAAGAAAUACAUAUUGAAGUGCUUUAUCACAACACAUUGAUAGAGCAACUAGGAACUAACUACAUUCCUAGUGAUACUGGAGCUGAGUGGUCAAACAUUAAAAUGCAAUAAAGAAAGCAGUAGACAAAGCAUCAUAAAGGAAGAUGUACAUUAAGAAUUAAGGGUUAAAAUUUUUGUCCCAAGAAGUUGAAGAAGCCAAGGGUUCAAAUGCAAACCCAACAAGAAGUUCGCCGCACAAUGUUACAAACAACAAUGGACAUAAUUCAUUCAGAUGGCAUUCUUGCUCUAAAUAAUGGACUGUCAGCUGCUAUAAUGAGGCAACUUACUUAUUCCACCUUCCGCUUUGCCUUUUAUGAGGCUGUGAAGCAACGCAUGGACCCUAAAGGAAAUAAUGUUCCUUUCCACCUUAAAAUAGGAAUAGCAGCAGUUGGUGGUACAAUUGGUGGUUUCAUUGGAACACCAGCAGAUGUAAUAAAUGUUCGUAUGCAGAAUGAUAUGAAACUUCCUCAAAACCAAAGGAGAAAUUAUCGACAUGUAUUUGACGGGCUGGCACGCAUAUACAAAGAAGAAGGCAUGCAUGGACUUUUCUCAGGAGCGACUAUGGCUACUGGUCGAUCGAUAUUGAUGACUGUGGGUCAACUAACUUUCUAUGACCAGUGCAAAGGCAUGCUAAUGUAUUAUUUAGAUCUCAAAGACAACAUUAGCACCCACUUCCUAGCAAGCAUUGUGGCGGGAGCAGUGGCUACUACACUAACUCAACCUAUUGAUGUGCUCAAAACACGUACUAUGAAUGCCCGACCAGGAGAAUUUAAGAGUAUGUGGCAUAUUAUUCUGCACACAGCUAAGUUGGGGCCACAAGGCUUCUUCAAGGGCUACAUUCUCAGAUUUGUUCGUCUUGCCCCACACACAAUACUGACUUUUAUCUUUUUUGAGCAACUUCGUCUCAAUUUCGGCAGAAUUGUGCCUCCUGAUAGAUGAUAACAACUACAUUUAAUGAGGUUCUGCAAAAGGAUUGUAGACAUUUCUUCAUCUGGGAGAAGCUCUAGCACUCUAAUGGUAUGAAGCAGUAUUUGUAUAGUAUUUCAUUUGCUUGUGUGACUGUGAUGACAUGAUUUAUAGUUUGGAUAAAUUACUAAACAAGGCUUGUGAAUUUAUCUAGUGUAUGAAAUUGAUGAUAAAUGUAGCAGUAAAAAUACUAUUAGUUUGAAAUAUAAUGUGUUUUAUUUGAUUAAAUUCUGCAUUACUGCUGACCUUGCAAUCCAUGAAGGAUAUGGGUGUGCUCUCGUCAUUAUGCCCAUUAACCCUCAAGUGGGCGUGCCAAUUUUUGUAACAUGAGCAGAUAUGUGGCAUAUUUUGUACAUGUAUAAAGGAUAGCUGUCUUUAUGUUAUGAGAGGAAACAUAUAUGAGCAAAAUCAAGACAAUGUUAUAAUAAACUUUUGUGCACUAAA